UUUAUACAUUACCUACAACAGGGUUAUUUUCUUAUGAAUAUAUGAAUAUUCAGUCUUGCGAUAGCGCAUUAGAUGUAAGCCAACAUCAUGAUUGGAAUGUACAAAAAUAUUAUAUUAUUAUGUUUAUUUACAAGUAGUUUUCAAAAAAAUGUAAGUGAAAUAUUAACAAAAGAUUUAAGAGUUGCUCUUCCUAGCGGUGAUUAUUUUCCUAUGGUGGGAUUUGGUACCAGUAAAAUUUUGGGCACUGCAAUCGUUAGGAAUGCAUUGGAUCAAGCAUUAGCAGCUGGAUAUCGGCUAUUUGAUACCGCUCAAGUUUAUGGUAACGAAGAAGAUAUAGGAAAAGCAUUAAAAGAACUAUUUCCAAAACAUAAUUUAACAAGAAAAGACGUAUUUAUCACAUCGAAGCUACCGGCACGUGAAUAUGUUUAUUUGGAGAAGAAAGCCUACGCAACCUUGCAGCAAUCACUGAAAAACCUAAACCUAGAUUAUCUAGAUCUAUACUUGAUUCACUUUCCUGGUAUCCCGAUGGCAGAGACCGGACUUAAGGAUGUUAAUUAUUCAAAAAUAAGGAACGAAACCUGGGAACAGUUGGCAAAGGGUGUAAAAAAUGGAUUGGUUAGAAAUAUUGGUGUGUCCAAUUACAAUGUCAGACAUUUAACUGAAUUGAUCAAUAAUGAUCAUGGAGUGAAGGUAGCUCUAAAUCAGUUAUGCGAGACACACACACACGCGCACGCACGCACCCACGUACGCACGCACGCACCCACACAUAGGAAAGUAGAAUGGCACCCUCUUUACCAUCAAGAUGAACUAUUGGAAUUUUGCAGAAAAAAUGAAAUUAUCCUUCAGGCAUAUUUAUCCUUAGGAGGUACUAGUAGUUCAGAAAUUUUUAAUAAUCCUGAAGUUAAGAAAAUAGCCGACAAGUUGGACAAAAAUGUGACUCAGGUUUAUAAACAAUGUCGCGUUAAAGAGGAAGAGGGUAUACUUUUAUUUAUCGUGGAUGUACCUCAAGAACAGACGACAAAAAAGGAGUGUUCACUCUUACUUGAAUUGUGGCUUAAGGUAACAAAUAGAGAGGACUUAUUGGGAAAGAGUGUUGAAUACUUAAGUAAACAUUACAAAAUUUGUGAACUCCACUUCCAGGAUAAAUUCGUUUAUCAGUCAGGAGCAAGAAAACGAUUAUUUGCAAAUGCAUUCCCAUCAGUAUUUCCUCACUCACAACCUAUGAGAAGAGUCACAGUUUUGCAAGGUAAACUGCACUAUGCCGACAUACAACUUAUGCAAAUUAAAAUAGUUUUAUCAGUUAGAGGAAUUUGUUGUUCAUGGCGAAAAAGGCAAAGACAACUUAUGCCUACCCUCAACUUCAGCAGACAAGUUCAUAGUCGACCAUCUGUUUCUCUACCUUGUGCAACAGCACAAAUUCAAACGAGUAUGUAUUAUCAUCAAACACUCCACGAGAGCAGAGACUGCGACUGA